UGAGGGUGGAGCACUCUCAAUAGCCUCUUCACAAGCUUAGGGAGCUUUUCUUAGUCAACAUAUGUAAGGGAAACACGAAGCCAGAGCCAUCAAGCCAGAGGCCAUAAUUUUGUGGGUCUCUGGUGUGAAAUGUCAGGUGCCAUAAGACAGCUGGGGAUGAGGCGUGCAAGUCUUUAUGACAACCUGAAGAUAGGGAGCCGCCAAGAUUGCUGUCCAACUCCAGAGAAAGAGGUAACUGUUUUCCCUUUUGCACAAGGCAGCUUGAUUAAGCAGUGGAGCUCCAUGCAAAAUGUGACUGACGGGAACCAGGAGAAGAGCAACGCUCCUCCGCAACAGAACCGAUACUUCCUCAACAUCAAUGUUGGGGGCACAUCUUUUCGGAUUGCUUGCAAAGUGGCUGCUCGUUACCCCAUCACCAGAAUUGGGAAGCUGGCAAUCUACACAGACCCCAUGAAAAAACUGCAGCUCUGUGAUGACUACUCAGUGCAGAGGAAUGAAUACUACUUUGAUCGUGACCCCUUCGUUUUUUAUUACAUCUUCCAUUUUUACCAGAGCGGGGUCCUUUGGAUAAUGGAUGAGCUGUGCCCUGCAAACUUUGUGGAAGAAAUUGAAUAUUGGGGCAUUCAUCUGCGAUACUCCCAGCAGUGCUGCCGGAUCCUAUUUGAGGAGAAGCAGUCUGAGCUCAAUGAGUAUCUGAAAGUACAGAGGGAGCUGGAGGCAGAGCUUGAGCCCGCAGAGCGGGAGGAAGAAUUUGAGGGCAAGUGUCUGGGAGGGUUUCGGAAAGCUGUUUGGAACCUCAUUGAGAAUCCUUAUUCUUCCAUCCCUGCCAAGAUCAUUGCCAUCAUGUCCAGCUUCUUUGUGCUGAUCUCCAUUGUGAGCAUGACACUCAGCACAGUGGAGGAGAUGCAACACAAAACCGGAAAGGCAUGUAUGGAGCAGCUGGAGGCUAUCUGUGCUGUCUUCUUCACUUCUGAGUAUCUCAUGAGGCUCAUAUCAACAUCCAGCUUUCAGAAGUUCUUGCGAGCUGCAUUUAAUGUAGUCGACAUGCUGGCCAUCCUGCCCUUCUACAUCCAGAUUCUCUUUGAAUAUUUAACUGAAGGGGAUAUUCUCUACCAUGAGGAACUGCACAGAAUGAAGAGUGUGAGCAAGCUGGGGAAAGUCCUCAAACUCAUCAAACUCCUGAGGAUCUUCCGCAUCCUCAAACUGGCUCGCCACUCCACCGGCCUCCGAGCCUUUGGUUUCACCAUCCGCCAAUGCUAUCAACAGGUGUGCUGCCUCCUCCUCUUCAUUGCCAUGGGUGUUUUCACAUUCUCUGCUUUGAUGCACUCGGUGGAACAUGAUGUCCCAGGCACCAACUUCACCAGCAUCCCUGAUGCCUGGUGGUGGGCAGCGGUCAGCCUCUCCACAGUGGGCUAUGGAGACACCGUGCCCGACACAGUGCUGGGCAGGAUGGUGGCAUUUGGAUGCAUCUCCUUUGGCAUCAUUCUCAAUGGGAUGCCCAUUUCCAUUCUCUACAACAAGUUCUCUGAUUACUAUGCCAAGCUGAAAGCCCAUGAGAAUGAGACUAGCCUCUCAGCCAAGCUUGGCAAGAAAAUUUGCUUUAAGGAGAGAGCCAUGAAGAAAUUGGCUGAGUGCUGUUGUGCUGAUACCCACAUCCACCACUGA